AUGGUGGAACUCAGAAGAACUCAAUCUUGUAUCCAUCAUGAAACAUUGAAAGAUGAAAAGAACAGAAAUGAUUGCACAGCAUCGGAACCCAAACCGAAGAAAGCAAGAAAGACUAAUCUUAUGUUAUCUGAAUGGCUUGUUGAAGUACCCAAUGAUUUAGCUGAAGAAUGGAUACUUGUUCUUUGUCCUGUUGGGAAACGCUGCCUUGUUAUCUCUACCAGGGGAGUUACUAAAGCUUAUGCUCGGAACGGAUAUUUUCUUCAGAGCUUUCAGUCUUUAAUUCCUGGUGGAAGCCGAAAAGUUCAGGAUGCCUCUGGUGGUGCUUAUACAAUAUUGGACUGUAUAUAUGUUGAACUAACAAAAACAUACUAUGUGCUAGAUGUGAUGUGCUGGAAUUCUCAUCCUCUAUAUGAUUCUGAAGUAUGUGUAAUACUUAUUUAG